AUGACUACCACAUCGACAAGCAGCACCAGCCCUAGAACUAAGAAGAAAAAAAAAUAUAGAUGUGAUUCAACUCAAACUAAUCAAUCGGUUUCUCAAUUUCUAUUCGAUGAAUUUUCGGACACAUUCGAUCCAUUUACGAAUUCGAUAUUAGAAAACGUCAACAGUUCAGCAACAUCAACAACUGUCCAGCAAAACAGCGCUCGAUCUCAACAGAUUCUGAUUCAAAAUUCAAACAAUCAGAUGAUAUUAGAUUUUGAUAGUAUUUUACAAGAAUUAAGAUCGGUUGGUGAAGCGCAUCAACCUGAACAACAAACGGCAAUGAUCGUCGAAAACAUUACAGCGAAUAUGCAACAAGAUAUUCAAAUGAACUCGAACUCGAACCAUACAGGUCCAUCCGAUGAUCUAUUUGCCUUCCUUUCUUCGGACGCAAGUUCAUCUUUACCCAGCAUCAAUACUAUGAUGGUUUCAACAGUACCUGCCCAAACAGAAUCAAUUCCACCUGUUCGCACACCGAAAAAGAAAGGAUUAUCGCCAAAAAUCAAGAAAGAACCGGGCGGUAUUACUAAAGUAAAAGCAGCGAAGAAAACGAAAAAAGAUGCAACGCUUAGUGGAGAAUCUUUACAACAAAUUCUCAUAAAAACCAACGGUGAAUUUUCUGAACCGAUGCAUAUUGUUCUAGCAUCGCCAGUUAAACCACAACAAACAACAACAUCCUAUUCACCAAUUGCACCGGCUAUAAACAAAAAGCCCACACAUGAAAAUAGCCCGUCGUCGAGCUGGUUGGCGACAAAUGUUUCACAAACAACAAAGCAUGCUCAAGCACUUGCCUUGAGAGCAGUAGCAAAAAAUCAAGGAGCAAAAAUCAAUCAUUAUCAGCAACAACAGCAACAGCAUCAAGUGAUAGACACAAGUAAUUAUGAUUCAUCCCGUCCCACUCUACUGGUCACUCGCACUGAUUCUUCAACUCAACAACAAACAUUGCAAGCACGUAUCAAUGCGUUCGUUGUAAAUAUGCCUCAACAACAAACGGCAAAACUGAUUCCUGCGACAAGUACAACAUUAACACCACAACAGCAGGUCUUUUUACAGCAAAUCAUCCGUCGGGAUUCAUCUUCAGUAGUAUCUGAAUCGACUACACCGAUAGGGAAUCUCAUUCAACAAACGCCUAUAUCUACAACUGUUCGUGUUCCAACAACGACUUCAACAACGACAUUUGUUCAGCAUCAGCAACAACAGGUACAUCAAUUCUCGAAUGGCAAUGAUGCAGCACGAAAACAGCAACUAUUCGAUGCAUUAUCUGCGUCUCUAGCAACAAGUCGAACAGCAAAUUAUAAAUGUACAUGUGAAUGCAAACCACUCAUCGCAUGCAAGAAGUGUGGCGCCUAUUGUCAUGAUGAUUGUAUUGGACAAACAAAACUCUGUGGCAAUUGUCUUGUGAUGGCUCCUUGUUAA